CGCUGAACCCGGAGCCCAGCGCCCUGCGCGGGCGGACGCCACUGCAAGCCGGGACCUGCCGGCUCAGCCCCGCGGUGCAGUCUCGCGGGAUCGCGCAGCUCUCACUCCGCGAGCGGCUCCCGACGAGGCUGGAGUCCCGGGAACCCCGGAGUGUCGGGGCCGCGGGGCUGCUCUGCAGGGCGGCGAGCACAACUGCCUUCCCGUGCCGCCCAGAGAUUGACCCAGAAGUCGUUUUCAGGAAAAGAGCUUCCUUCAAAAUGGUAAAAUAAUGAAAUGAGGAAUUUGAACAUUUUAUCUUUGGAUGGAAACCUGAGAAUGAGAAAAUUACUGUGAGCCAUGUGGUGAAAUCCAGAAGUUGAGGGAAAAUGGAAAUGUUUGCAGUUGUGUGGACAUGUGUUUUUCUGCCCCUGAUAAAAGGGCACAGUCUUUUCACUUGUGAGCCAAUUACUAUCCCCAGAUGUAUGAAGAUGGCAUAUAACAUGACAUUUUUCCCUAAUCUGAUGGGCCAUUAUGACCAAAAUACUGCUGCUGUGGAAAUGAAGCAUUUUCUUCCUCUCACAAAGCUGGAAUGUUCUCCAAAUGUAGAAACUUUUCUUUGCAAAGCCUUUGUGCCAGCCUGCACAGAACAAAUUCAUGUGGCUCCACCUUGCCGUAGAUCUUGUGAAAGAGUAUAUUCUGAUUGCAAAGAAAUAAUGGACACUUUUGAAAUCCGAUGGCCUGAGGAACUUGAAUGUGAUAGGUUACAAUUCUGUGAUGAGACUGUUCCUGUAACUUCAGAUCCACACACAGACUUUCUCAGUCCUCAGGAGGAAACAGAACAAGUCCAAAGAGACAUUGGAUUUUGGUGUCCAAGGCAUCUCAAGACUUCUGGGGGCCAAGGAUAUAAGUUCUUGGGAAUUGACCAGUGUGCACCUCCGUGCCCCAACAUGUAUUUUAAGACUGACGAGCUUGAGUUUGCUAAAAGCUUUAUUGGGAUCGUUUCAAUAUUUUGCCUCUGUGCAACUCUGUUUACAUUUCUUACUUUUUUAAUUGAUGUCAAAAGAUUCAGGUACCCAGAGAGGCCAAUUAUAUAUUACUCCGUCUGUUAUAGCAUUGUAUCUCUCAUGUACUUUGUUGGGUUCUUGCUAGGCAAUAGCACGGCAUGCAAUAAGGCAGAUGAGAAGCAAGAGCUUGGUGAUACUGUUGUCCUAGGCUCCCAGAAUAAGGCUUGCACCAUUCUGUUCAUGUUUCUCUAUUUCUUCACAAUGGCUGGCACUGUGUGGUGGGUGAUUCUUACCAUUACUUGGUUCUUAGCUGCAGGAAGGAAAUGGAGUUGCGAAGCCAUUGAACAGAAAGCAGUGUGGUUCCAUGCCGUGGCCUGGGGAGUGCCAGGCUUUCUGACGAUCAUGCUGCUUGCUAUGAACAAAGUUGAAGGAGAUAACAUUAGUGGAGUAUGCUUCGUUGGCCUCUAUGACCUGGACGCUUCUCGCUACUUUGUACUCUUGCCUUUGUGCCUCUGUGUGUUUGUUGGGCUGUCUCUCCUUCUAGCCGGCAUCAUCUCCUUAAAUCACGUCCGACAAGUUAUACAACAUGAUGGUCGGAACCAGGAAAAACUGAAAAAGUUCAUGAUUCGCAUUGGAGUCUUUAGUGGCCUGUACCUUGUGCCCCUUGUCACACUUCUUGGAUGUUACGUCUAUGAGCAAGUGAACAGGUUUACCUGGGAGGUAACAUGGGUCUCCGACCAUUGUCGUCAGUACCAUAUCCCGUGUCCUUAUCAGGCAGAAGCAAAAACUCGACCAGAAUUGGCUUUAUUUAUGAUAAAAUACCUAAUGACAUUGAUUGUUGGUAUCUCUGCUGUCUUCUGGGUUGGAAGCAAAAAGACUUGCACAGAAUGGGCUGGAUUUUUUAAGCGAAAUCGCAAGAGAGAUCCAAUCAGUGAAAGUCGAAGAGUACUACAGGAGUCAUGUGAGUUUUUCCUAAAGCACAACUCUAAAGUCAAACACAAGAAGAAGCCCUAUAAGCCGAGUUCGCACAAGCUGAAGGUCAUUUCCAAAUCCAUGGGAACCAGCACAGGCGCCACAGCAAAUCCCAGCACUUCUGCGGUCGCAAUCACCAGCCAUGACUUCCUGGGGCAAGAGACACUGACAGACAUCCAAACCUCCCCAGAAACAUCAGUUAGAGAGGUCAGAGCAGAUGGGGCGAGCACCCCUAGAUUAAGAGCACAGGACUGUGAGGUGCCUGCCUCCCCAGCAGCGUCCAGCUCCAAAUUCAGCAGGGAGCACAACAACAAAAAAAGCCCAGCAGGCACUGUCAGCGGCAGUGUGUCCGGGAGUGUGCGGAGUGAAGGAAGGACAACUCCAAAGAGUGAUGUCACUGGAACUUGUCCAGUGCAAAACAGCAACUUGCAGGUGCACAGCUGUUCAGAGCCAAGUAGCCUCCAAGGCUCUGUGCCACUACUCAUUCGCUCGACCUCAGAAGUCAGAGAAGAGCAAGGCACUGGAGGUCACUCAGAGACUUGAAAACGAGUUGAUCCCUACAAACUUGGCCUUACACUGGAAGUGACCAGCAGACUGUCUUGUAAGAAUCACUGUUACAUUAUUCCUUUGCACUUAAAGCUGCAUCACCUGCUAUUCCACUGGAAACAACAGAUUCCAAGAAUGUGAUUCAUUUCACAUAAAAGUUAGUGACUAGUAUAACUGAAAGGCAGAUAUGUGCAGGUUAAUAUUCUUUAAAUUGUGUGGUAGAAGGGAAGCUUGGGUUUAAGAGGAAUUUUACUUUUUUCAUUUAUAGGAUUCUAUUUUGUCAGAAGUAUUUUUAAGAUACACUACUUUGCUUUUAUGGUAUAAAAAAUUGAGAUUUUUUUCCUGUGAUAAAAUAUUUAAAGUUUAUCUUUGUAUUAUUUUAUAUAUUUCAAAAUAAUUUUAUAUGUAUUUAAACUUUUUUUUUUAGAAGUUCGGGAAAGUCUAUUCAGGAUUUUUAUUAUAUUCUGAAAAAUAAGAACUCUAGCAUUCCUUCGGUAGUUUUUACACUGAAUUUCUCUUUAUUGUAUAAAAAGGUUGACAUGCCCAAAUAUAUUAUAAUGAGCAUUCAUCUUUUAAAGUCCACUUACUCUGCCUUAUUAUCUUGAGGGUGUGAAUUUUAUAAAGUUUCACUGUCUCCAGACUUGUGCAGAUUCACUAUGCAACUGAAAUAAGGUGCUGACUGAAGAUAUGUCCAUUCUCGAUGGUGCUACUGCUGCUCACUGAUCCUUCUGAACUUUAAACAAAGUGACCUGAAGGGUUAGUAGAUGAAAUGUUAACCUUAAAAAUUAAGCUAAGUGCAAUUGACUUCCUUUUUUAAUGUUUCAUAACCACCCACAACUGUAUUAUUAUGACCACUUGUAGUUGUUUAGACAUUUGUCUUAACUCUUUUUGUUUGUUGCUUGGUUGGUUGGUUGGUUGGUUGGUUGGUUUGCUUUAGUUUUUUAACAUUUAGAAUACUGACACACUUGGUGCAGAAUUUGGUCAGCCUUUUGUAGAACUCAUUUCUGCAGGUAAAUAGGACUUUGAUGCCCUCAGAAAUCUGUUAGCAGUACUAGUGCCAAUCAAAUGGGGGAGGGGAAGAUGUAGUCUUGAUAAAAGAAAAAUGUAUUUUGUAUAACAUACUUUAAAAAAUAUUAAAGAAAUUUCUUCAUUUUUUUUCCAAGUAAAUCUUAUUCCUUCAGUAAGAUUUUCUAAUGAUUAUAGCUUUUCUUCCCUAUGUUUAUCAUUUUGUUUAAGAAAAAAAGGAAAAAUUAUCAUGUACUGUAUGGAAAAUGUUGUAAAUAUUAACCUUUCUACAUUUUGUGAACUUUAUAUGCAAAAACCUUGGUUUGUGUGGUCUUUUCGGUAAUAAACUUUUCUCUAUUAA